CGGCCACGCCGGAGUCGGGAAUCAUCCCCAAGAAGCGGCAAGAAGUCAUGAAAUGGAAUGGAUGGGGAUAUAAUGAUUCCAAGUUCUUCUUAAAUAAAAAGGGCCAAGUUGAAUUGACUGGGAAAAGGUACCCUCUUAGUGGUAUGGCUUUACCAGCUCUUAAAGAUUGGAUCUGGAAUACCUUUGGAACAACUCUGGACCAUAAAACUACCUCUAAAACAUCCUUAAAUCCUAGUGAUACACCUCCUUCUAUUGUAAAUGAAGAUUUUCUUCAUGAACUUAAAGAAACUAAUAUUUCAUAUUCACAAGAGGCAGAUGAUCGAGUAUUUAGAGCUCAUGGUCAUUGUCUUCAUGAGAUAUUUUUGCUCAGGGAAGGAAUGUUUCAGAGAAUUCCUGAUAUAGUUUUAUGGCCAACUUGUCAUGAUGAUGUAGUUAAGAUUGUGAAUCUAGCCUGCAAAUACAACCUUUGCAUCAUACCAAUUGGCGGAGGAACAAGUGUUUCAUAUGGCUUAAUGUGUCCUGCAGAUGAGACAAGAACAAUAAUUUCUUUGGAUACUUCACAAAUGAAUCGAAUUCUCUGGGUUGAUGAGAACAAUCUGACAGCUCAUGUAGAGGCUGGUAUAACAGGACAAGAGUUGGAAAGACAGCUUAAAGAAAGUGGUUAUUGUACAGGUCAUGAACCAGAUUCCCUGGAAUUCAGCACUGUGGGAGGAUGGAUAUCAACUCGGGCAUCAGGCAUGAAGAAGAACAUCUAUGGCAAUAUUGAGGAUCUGGUGGUUCAUAUGAAGGUGGUAACACCUAGAGGUGUGAUAGAAAAAAGUUGUCAAGGACCUCGGAUGUCAGUAGGCCCUGAUAUCCAUCACUUCAUCAUGGGAUCUGAAGGAACUCUUGGUGUAAUAACAGAAGCUACAAUAAAAAUCAGACCAAUCCCUGAAUACCAAAAGUAUGGCUCGGUAGCUUUCCCUAAUUUUGAACAAGGAGUAGCCUGUUUAAGAGAAAUUGCAAAACAGAGAUGUGCUCCUGCAUCUAUCCGCCUUAUGGACAACCAGCAGUUUCAGUUCGGUCAUGCUCUUAAACCUCAGGUUUCCUCUAUUUUUACAUCAUUUUUGGAUGGAUUGAAAAAAUUCUAUAUUACAAAAUUUAAGGGAUUUGAUCCAAAUCAGCUAAGUGUAGCCACAUUAUUGUUUGAGGGGGACCGCGAGAAGGUUCUUCAACAUGAAAAACAAGUGUAUGAUAUUGCUGCAAAAUUUGGUGGAUUAGCAGCUGGGGAAGAUAAUGGACAGAGAGGUUAUUUGCUGACCUAUGUCAUCGCAUACAUACGAGACCUGGGUUUGGAGUACUGUAUAAUAGGAGAAUCUUUUGAGACUUCUGCUCCUUGGGACAGGGUUAUAGAUCUCUGUAGAAAUGUAAAAGAAAGAAUAAGAAGGGAAUGCAAAGAGAAAGGUGUUCAAUUUGCUCCUCUUUCUACAUGCAGGGUGACGCAGACUUAUGAUGCAGGUGCAUGUAUCUACUUCUAUUUUGCCUUUAACUACAGGGGAAUUAGUGACCCACUGGCUGUGUUUGAGCAAACUGAGGCAGCUGCUAGAGACGAAAUCCUUGCGAAUGGAGGGAGCCUGUCACAUCACCAUGGAGGGACAGCUCUUUACAGAGGCCCAGAAAGGAGCUUGGUGGCCACAGAUGAGCAUGGAGAGGGAAGGUUUUCCUCACCCUAGACCUUCACAAAAGAUGGAAGACAAACAACAGAGUGUCCCUUCUCCCAACCUUGUCUAAUCUUUUCAUAAUUCAAGAUCGGAAAGCUGCUGUAACCCUGGCCUCUGUGCUGUACUCAUUCCCAUGUGUGCUUGGCAGAGCAAACAGUUCCAUUUCCCAGGACGCCAGUGAGCAGGUGGUAAUAAAUAAAGCUGCCCCCCUCUGCU